UUGUUGCGCCGGAAGAUAUACUGGAAAAAUGCGAAUUCGUUUCGCACAGGAAAACAUUUUCAUUCCGUUUUGAGCUGUGAAGAUGGCAAAUAGGACGGUUAAAGAUGCCAACAGUAUACAUGGAACAAAUCCACAAUACUUGGUAGAGAAAAUUAUUCGUACUCGAAUCUAUGAAUCAAAAUACUGGAAAGAAGAAUGCUUUGGACUGACGGCUGAGCUUGUCGUUGACAAAGCCAUGGCGCUGAAGUUUGUCGGUGGAGUUUAUGGCGGAAAUAUCAAACCAACACCGUUCCUGUGUCUCACUCUGAAGAUGCUGCAGAUCCAGCCAGAGAAAGACAUCAUUGUAGAAUUUAUCAAAAACGAGGAUUUCAAAUAUGUCCGCUUGCUUGGCGCCAUGUACAUGAGGUUGACUGGGACAUCAGUGGAUUGCUACAAAUACCUGGAACCACUGUACAACGACUACAGAAAAAUCAAGAGUCAGAACCGAAAUGGGGAGUUUGAGCUGCAACACGUCGAUGAGUUUAUUGAUGAACUGCUACACUCUGAGAGAAUGUGUGACAUAAUCCUUCCCAGGCUUCAGAAAAGGCAGGUUCUUGAGGAGGCGGAGCUGUUAGACACACGCAUCAGUGCACUGGAAGAAGACCUGGAUGAGGUGGAGACCAGUGACGAGGAAGAUGAGGAAGAGGAGAAGACAGAGAGAGUUCAGACCCCAGAGCCCCACAGACGGAGUUACCGAGACAACGAUCGGCCUCGCCGCUCGCCCUCUCCACGCUACAGACGCAGCAGUCGUUCACCCAGACGGAGGAGCAGAUCACCUAAGAGGCGAAGCCCAUCCCCCCGGCGAGAACGUCACCGCAGCAAAAGCCCCCGUCGCCACCGCUCCCGAGAGAGGCGUCACCGCUCAAAGUCCCCAGGGCAUCACAGGAGCCACAGGCAUCGCAGUCACUCCAAAUCCCCAGAGAGGAGUUCAAAAAAGAGCCACAAGAAGAGUCGAAGAGGAAACGUGUGAUCCACUUUGUAUUUUGUUCUCUUUGAUAGUACCUUUUUCUGACUUGGACAUUAAUGUGGCCAAAUUUGUAUGGAAUCCCUUGUAUUUUGUUUUAGAAAGUAAUUGCAUUUUAAGAUAUUUUCAGACCAUGUAGCUGAAAGAAUCCAUUUCAAUUUUAUUUCUAAAAUCUGCAGCUCAUAUAGAACUGUCCACAACCCUAUGUAUCAGUGAAUAAAGUUGCUUGGUGGUUUGAACAUAGACUGAGAAUGUCAUGUCUG